AUGGCGAUAUAUAAGUUAGCUAUGCCCUCUAACUCUUUCGUAUGUCGUUGGGUUAGCUCACCAGUCACCAAAUGUGUCUCGGACGGCAGCACGACAUUGCAGACGAUAGAUCUUGCCUUGUCGUUGAAUCUCGCAUCGCCUAAUUCGGAGCCCCCUAAUCUCCCAAGCGGUGAUGAUAUCUGGAUCCAAAGUGGAAACAAUGGAAUCGAGCUUGCCAGCGCAGAGUCCUUUGGUUCACAGGAAGCUUUCCGAUUCCUAGUGACUUGCCUCCAAGCUACCAAGCUAUCGAAUAAGAGAUUGGCAAGACUUAUUAUCCCUUUGCAGAGAGGUACGGUCGUCAGGUCAGACAUCGUCCCUCUUCGUCUAAAGGAUGCCUUUGGUGUCGAACGAGUAGUCUCCUUUUUAGCGCCGCUCCAACCACUCUCUGGAGAUGUCCCCCGUCUGGAGUUGAUUUCCAUCGUAGAAUUGUUUCGUUCCUCUGCUGGUGGAAUAUUAUUACAGGAGCCGUGUUCAGGAGCACCUAUCGUACCUCCGGAAUUCGAAGCCGAUUUUGAAAAUAAGAUGUCUCUGCCCUGGGUUCUACCAGGACUACGCACUCGGAAACGCCUUGUGCUCGUUGGCGUGAGCUAUCGCGCACCAUCUCAUGGGUCGUGGACUGUCUACGCAUGCGAAGCAGCCCGUUACCUCGGAAUUGAUCUCGUAAUCAUUGACAAGCCCGGCUGUUGGAUCGAGCGAAGCGAAUAUUCACAGUGGUACGAGGCAUUCUUGCCUGUUGGCACUUGGUGGACAAACCCCCCUGACCACAACAUGGCAGACCGUAUCGCCGAGACAGUCAGGUCAUACGGCAAGCCUAUCGAUGGAAUCGUUACUUUUAUCGAUUCAUUCCAAGCUACGGUCAGCCGAGCAGCGGAGAAGCUUGGCUUACCGCACCAACCCGCCGAAUCAUACGAAAUCGCAACUGACAAAUAUCGGGUGGGUAUUGCCGAAGGCCGUAAUCCUUUCUACGGCUCGACGGCUAAGGAGGCGUUGGAUUUCGCCUCGGCACAAAAUCUCUCAUACCCCUUAAUCCUCAAGCCGCGCCUGGGCCUGAACUCGGAAGGUAUUGUGCGAGUGAACAACGCGGCGGAGAUCCAGGCUGGGGUGGAAAUGAUCCAUAAGACCUUCUUCAAGUCGUUCACGAUGGAGAAGUAUUGCGACGGUCCAGAAGUAGACGCCAAUAUGAUCUUAUUGGAUGGUGAGAUAUUGUUUUGUGAGAUCUGCGACGACUUCCCCAAGCCGGGAGAUCAAAGCGACAUCACGGUUCCCGCCUCUCAGAGGAGCUUCUUGGAGACGUUUCUCGUCCACCCUUCCGCUCUUCCGUCUCAAGAACUAGAAAUGCUUCAAAGUUCAAUUAGCGCGACUCUACGACGGAUUGGUAUUUCUAGCGGUGUUCUACACGUGGAAGCCCGGGUCGAGCGAUCAUCUGUAGAAUACCGCUCGGACGGCGGGUAUCUUGACUUACGACCAAUCGACAAAGCGGCAACAUCGACUCCUCCAGCUCCUUGGAUCUUGGAAAUCAACCCGCGCCCUCCCGGAUCUACUGCCAGUCGGAUCGUCGAGUCGGUCUACGGAAUCGAUUAUUUUGGCGUCGCGCUAUCCCUAGCCAUCCAGGACAAGGAUCGAGCCAGAGCAUUAUCCCUCCCGUUCCGAAACGGUGCCCAGUACACCGGAGUACUCGUGUUCAUUGGUGCUGAUUUCGAAGAAACCCGCGAAGGCAUCUUCGAUUCGGAUGACAUCUGCAAAGAAUUGAUAGGCCGCAGGCCCGACCUAGCGAAGAAUAUUAAUCGCUACGGCUGUCUCGUGAAAAGGGGCCAGAAGGUCCCGCACCCUAGUUCCGGAGCGAACACAUUCAUAGCUUACUUCAACGUGUUUUCAAAGUCAAGGAAGGAAGCACUAGAAAUUGCAGCUGAGGUUAGGAAGGAAGUCAGGUACUCGUUCCGUUGAAUUGGCUUUAAGAGCUACGUAUAGAUUUCCUUCAUCAUAUGUAUUGGCAAGAUGGCUCUGCGAGCUCAUGCCUAGGCGUUGUUCAUAUCCUUUAUUAAGAAGCUCUCCUUAGACAUAGAAAGAUAGACAGGUAGAUAGAAUAUCACCAUAGAAAUAGACAAAC